AUGGCAAAGCUCUUGACAGAAUCGGCGUCGCUUUGUGCCACUCUCGACGCUGACUUCCCUUUCUCAGUCACCCGGAAUUGGCGCCAUUUAAGGGACAUUCGACUGCGCUUGCGGAGUAUCAAUGCGGUUGAAAAUAGACCAUCGUUUCUGGAUCUCCUGGCGCUGAAGAGCAUGGCUCAACUGAUGAGAGCAUGGGAUGACUUGUGGUGUAUGAGGCGGUCUAUGGAGUCCACUUCGUACAUCAACCAAAAUUCUGGGUGUCUACUUGAGAAGCCCGGCGUCCUCAGAGUCUCUGAGAAAUUUCACAAAAACAUGACACAGAUGUCAGCAGUCUACGGUGAUUGGCGGCUUAAAUCCAGCGCAGUCUGCGCUUCGAGAGUCGACAAAGAGUCUGUGUUCUGCAUCAACGCGGCGCAAUAUCCAGAGAGUCCAGUCUGUUGCGUCGACAUAAUAGCCAAGUUUGCGUCUCAUCGGUAUCAGCUUUUGCAAAAGCCAAAUACUGUAUCUUCAAAAUGCCCCCUCGACGCCCCUAACAAAUCCCGCACGAUCAAUCCCUGUCGUUGCCGUCUACUCCUUACGUGGGCCGCGAUCCCCGUUGCUCGAGCCAACGUCGAUGCGGGUGGUGCCAACCGCGAUCGAAAAUCGCCGAUGUAUCCUUGUCCCAGAUCGUGUCUUUUAUUCUGGGACGGCCAGACGGCGAGGGUGCCGGGAGUCGACAUGUUGGAUCCCACUGGACUCCAAUUCCAACGUCAAGCUGCAAAUAGACGAGCCGUCUGCAAAAAGUCAGCUUUGCUCAGACACCAUCGACUCCCCAACUCUCCUCUCGCAUCGCGCAGUCUAGAACUUGGCAUGGCGCUGGUCCCAAAACAGAAGACCUGUUUGGCCACGACCAACAGGUAUGUUCACCACAUGAGAUUGUUUGCUCGCGCCACUCACACAAUCGUGCUUCUUCUCCGAGCCUCCUACUUUCCUCGCUUCUGGCACAACUCGCAGGGGGAGGGAAGAACGCCAAAUGUCCCUAGCAGUAACACAAUACCGGGAAUGGCGGCGUUUUCAGACACUGCCAGCUCCCUCUCGUCAGGCUGUACCAUUGUCGGGAACCUGGUGGUAUCAGCCUGCAUCCCAUCAACAAUGUUCUCACAACCGCAGACCGCCGACCCCAACGCACCGCUCUUCGGCGUCGCCCACAACGUCUCCCGCCCGGCCCUGACAGCCUACACCUGGGCCAACGUAGCCACCUCGUACAUCUUCCUCUCCCUCCGCCUCUUCGUCCGCUGGCGCCGGAACCGGCAUCUCCUCCGUGACGACGUCUGGAUGGUCUUUGCCUGGCUGUGUCUCCUGACCAUGGCCAUCCUCCAGAUGCAGCAGAUGGACUCGCUGUGGUACGUCGUCGAGCUCGAGGCGGGCAGGUUCGUCCCCGCGUCCAAGAGGGAGGCGGAGUUGCAGCUGGAGCAGUGGUUACGCUGGUCGUAUGCGCUGACGUACCUCUUUUGGACGGGGUUGUUUGCGGUCAAGGCGAGUUUUUUGAAUGUGUUUUUCAGGCUUGUUAGUCCCAUCCCGUGGCUACGCAAGGUCUGGUAUGGGAUUGCCAUGUUUUGUCUCCUUUCGUAUAUUGGGGGAUGGCUUUCGGGGUCGCUCAUUUGUGAUACUCCAUCCGACUACUUCCGGGCAGGAAAAUGCCUCUCCCCGAAGGAAGUCUACUACUACCGCUUCGCCAUCUUCUUCGCAACAGCAGCCGACGUCUUCACAGACCUUCUCAUCAUGAGCCUACCCAUCGCCGUCCUCCCCUCCCUCCAGCUCGACAUUCGCAAAAAGUUUGGUCUCGCGGUAGCCUUCUGCCUGGCCCUCAUCACAAUCCUCACAGCCAUCGUCCGCAUGACGCAGGUGCUCAAGGGCGAGACGGUGGACAUGGUGGGCCUGGCCGUGUGGAGUCUCACCGAGCUCGGCACCGCCAUCAUCGUGGGAUCGCUGCCGCCACUAAAGGCUCUUUUGACGCGUGGGAUGAGAAAAUAUAACGGGAGCAGAACGAACCGCAACAAAUCGUACAUCAACUGCAGAGGUGAGCCCGGUAACGGAUACGGCCCGAAUAAUACGUCUCGGUCCGUCAUGGUUGCCGAGUCGAUCCCGUUGGACGACAGGCAUAGGAGCGAACAGUUUGAUGGGGGGAUAUAUGUUCAGAAGACAUGCGAAGUUCGUGUAGAGGACCUCCAUAGACUCCAAGAGUUCCCUACCGAGACUAUGAAUGAUUACCAAGACACCACGGCCCACGACAGAACGCCUAGUCGUCCGUCAGUCUGUCCCACUUUCGACAUGCUGCCCGGCUUGUGUAACAAAAGAAAUGAACUGAAAAAAGCGAAUGCAGACGCGGCGUAA